GUUUCCCAGAUCUGGUGUCCAGUCUACUAGUGUCCUGCGCUGCGAGUCGUCGUCCCCUCCGCCGCCGGCAAGCCAUGGCGGAGGACAGCCACCCGUCCCGCUACGUCAAGCUCACCAGGGACCAGGACGCCCCCGCCGAGGACAUCCGUCCCGGCGAGCUCAACCAGCCCGUCCACGUCCCGCAGCUCGAAGGCAGGAAGUGCAGCGAGUGCGGACAGGUCCUCCCGGAGACCUACGAACCGCCCGCCGACGAGCCAUGGACCACCGGGAUCUUCGGAUGCACCGAUGACCCUGAGAGCUGUCGCACUGGGCUGUUCUGUCCUUGCGUGCUGUUCGGGCGCAAUGUCGAGGCCCUCAGAGAGGACAUCCCUUGGACAACGCCUUGUGUCUGCCAUGCUGUGUUUGUGGAGGGAGGGAUUGCACUUGCAAUUCUCACAGCGAUCUUUCAUGGUGUUGAUCCAAGAACAUCGUUUCUUAUUGGAGAAGGCUUGGUGUUUAGCUGGUGGCUGUGCGGUACCUACACUGGCAUUUUCCGUCAAGAGCUCCAGAAGAGAUAUCAUCUCGCGAACUCCCCCUGCGACCCUUGCAUGGCCCACUGCUGCCUGCACUGGUGCGCCAACUGCCAGGAGCACCGCGAGAGGAGGGGCCGGCUGGCGGCGGACAACAGCGCCGUGCCGAUGACCGUCGUGAACCCACCUCCAGUGCAGGAAAUGAGCGUGCCAGAGAACCAUUCCGCUGCCCGAGAGGAGAACGGGGCGUCUGACAAGGCCGUGCUCGAAGUGUCUACCAAGGGCCAUGAUCAUGAUGACGUGGAGGUGAUACCUCUGUAGAGAGAGAGAGAGAGAGAGAUAGGUCAACCAAAGAAAUAAUAAAGCGACUGAGAAUUUUGGUUUGAUAUAUACCAUGUUAGGAUAGCAUGAGGAAAGAUUGAAUGAAGCUGUCACGCUGUUACUGCUCGAUGUGUCGUCUGGAAACCAUUGUUUUAUACUGCACAAAGAGGUUAUAUC